AUGGAGAAAAGUAUAUUUGGUGAGGAGUUUAUAGAGCAUCUACGUGUAGAGAGUAUAAAAGAGAUUCUUGAUCACAAUUGGUUAAGUGCCUCUGUUAUCACUGUAUUUUCCAGGUAUUUGUAUGACAAGUUUAUUAGUCCAAAUGGAUUAAUAAAUAAGUUCUCCUUCAUAUCCCCACAUGUAUCACAGGAGGAUAAUCUAGGAAAUGCUAUAGCAAAAAUACUUCUGAAAGAUGAGGAGUACUUCAAGGAUAAGAUGAUUCUUGCACCUUGCAAUCUAGGGAAACAUUGGGUAUUACUUGUCAUCAAUCUCGAUGCUGAGGUGAUAUAUUACAUGGAUCCGUUGAAUGGUGAACCAACUAAACAUCAAAAUUUAAAAACCAAGUUUGAGAAUGCAUUGCAAAUUUAUCGUGCUAAUAGUAACUCUAAAGUGCCUAAAGUCUCCAAGUCAAAGAAAAUUUCAUGGUCAAAAAUUCGUGUCCCCGUCAAAUUAAUAGCAUUGACUGUGAAUAUUUUGUAA